UACAACAUCAAAGAUUGAGCAGUUCAGAAAACCCAUCAAGCAAGAUGAGCGAAUCAGGUCAGAGCUUCUUGGAAGAAGUCAAGAAGAAUUUGACGGAAAUUUCGAACUCAAAAACUCCAUCACAAAGACCUCCAGCGUAUCUCGCAAUUCUACGAGACAUAUUGGCUCAACCUGCAUCUGUGUUACCUAGCAAUGGACAGUAUAGCUUGAAAGAAGCUGUAUCUGUCUAUUUGGCAUAUACAGCAUUAUCUGACACAAAUGCAACAGGAGGAAAUCUUGUCGUAGGAAGACAAGUUUUACGCGAUUUCGAUGAGGCGAUCGUCGAAGCAGGGAAAAAACAUCGAGAUGGCCAGAAAGAUGAUGCAAUGACAGAUUCAAAAACCAUAUCUGCGAUCGCAGACGAGGAUGUGCAGAUCGAGAUACUAGAAAGUGCAUUGGAGCAACUACAACCUCGUGUUUUGAGUUUUGAAGAACAAGCAAAUACGAUCAGACUGCAUUUAGCAGAUACAUUGGAGAAUGCAGAACAAUGGAUAGAAGCAGCUCGAGUCUUGCAAGGCAUAUCCCUGGAUUCAAGUCAUCGCUUCGUAUCGGAUCUACAUAAGCUGCGCAUUUACGUACGCAUUGUUCGACUUUUGCUGGAAGGUGAUGACGCUGUGGGAGCAGACACUAUGCUCAAGAGGGCAUCCUUGCUGGUCCAUAACAUUCCUGGCGUGAUGUCUUCGAGCUUUGGUAUAUCAAAUAAUCCGACAUUACAAGAAGCAUGGGCAAAGAUGUCAGAAGAGGAGAAAAUUGAAGCAAAAACGCUUGGUUUGCAAUUCAAGCUCAGUCAAGCACGCAUUUAUGAUUCACAACGUCGGUUUGCCGAAGCAGCAAACAGGUAUCAUGAAGUGAGCUACGUUACAGAAAUUGAUGAAGCAGAAAGAACGAUGAUGCUUUCGGCAGCAGUGACUGCUUCUAUUCUUGCACCCGCAGGCCCACAACGGUCAAGGAUACUGGCUACCCUUGCACGCGAUGAACGAACUGCUUCACUACCCCAACAUACCAUCUUGACAAAGACAUUUUUGGAUCAAAUCAUUCGACCGAACGAAAUCAAAUCGUUCGAGAAAAUUUUGAGUCCACAUCAGUUGGCAUCUUUGCCAAAAUCCGAGCAAGAUCUGAUACGACAUGUACGUUCGUCCAAGGAUAAGCAGAAUGGUGAUGUGGCUAUGAGUGGUGAGUAUGAGGAGGACAAAGAGAGUUCACGAACGGGUCCUUCUACUGUUCUGGAUCGUGCAAUGAUGGAACACAACAUCAUCGCUGCUUCGAGACUGUAUGUGAAUAUCACUUUGAACGGUUUAGGUAGAUUGUUGGAUUUGCACAGUCUGGCUGCAGAGACGAUGGUGAGAAGGAUGAUCGUUCAAGGUCGUCUAAAAGCCGAAAUUGAUCAAGUUGCAGGCUUGAUUGUCUUUCACGAGCAAAAAUCUCGUGAGAUUGGUCUGGCAGCAGGUGCGGCUUCUGGAGCAGCUGGCGGAAAGGAAACCGAACAAGCCAAACAAGAACAAGGUCAAGGCGAAGAUGAUGAUUUGAGCACCGUCUAUACACGAAGAUGGGAUGCCAACAUUGCAAAAAGUGCUUCAGGCGUAGAAGAGGUUUGUGCACGGUUACGUGCUCGUGGUUAUUUGAAGGUUUGACGAUUGGUCCGAACUCUCUUACAUUGUACUAUAAAUACUCAAUGUCAUCACUGACAUGCUC